GUUAACGGAAGCGUUAUGCAAAGGACUUGCAAAGGACACAGCCAGAGCAUCAGCAUGAACUCGUUAAUAUUCCCAGAGCUUUUGGUGCUGCUCUUGCUGUUGCUGUGGCCGCUGACAGCGACGACAUCAAUGUCAGGCCACGUGUCACUGCCAGCUGACGCAGCAAUCCCCAGCGGACAGCAGCAACAGCAGCAGGAGGAGCUGCCCAAAGGAGAUCCGUGGGGCAAUCAAUUGCCGGAUAUGCUAGUCGCUUACUAUCGCCAGCAUGGCGUGCACAGUCUGAUGCUCGUUGUUUGUCACGCGGACAUUGCUGCGUCCCGUUUGCAGUUGCUCCUGCAGCACUUUAUGAGGCACGACAUCUAUGUGCAGCUCUGGACGGAGCAUUGUCUGAAUGAUCUGCAACAUGUCAGCAAUGAGAUGGAGAUGGACAGCGACUCACAGGUGCCCAAGCCACCGCGCACCUUCUUUCCGAACAAUGACACCCACUGGGAGCUGGCUUUUUUGCUGCCCAGCCUCCACAACAAGCUAGGCAUCCUGCUGCUGCAGUUCAACAGCUCGUGUGCCCUGAAUCUGCUGCGCUGGUCAGCGGCCUGGGAGCACAACUACUUUACCACCAAUCGAUUCUGGCUGCUGCUCACACAGGAUAUGCAGGAUCUGGAUCUGCUUGCGGACGAGGAGAUCUUCAUACCACCCGAUAGCGAAUUGCGUGUGCUCUGGCACAGUCCAACCAUGCCCUUCACUGCAUCCCUGCUAGACGUCUACAAGGUGGCCGCCUGGAAGCCGCCAAAGAUUCGUUUGGUGGGCCAGCAGCUGCACAACUCUCGGCACAUCACGCAUGCGCUGCAGCGUUUCGGCUCAGCCAUCACAUAUAGACAGAAUCUGGAGGGCAUUGUC